CCCACCCCCAUAUGAGUCAGUAGCCGCAGCCUGCAGCCAGCCAGUCUGGGAUCUCCCAAUGCUCAACCAGGAGCCCGCUGCUAGGCACUCCAACGGGCACCGACCAUGGGCUUUGAACUGGAUCGUUUCAGCGGGGAGGUGGACCCCGACUUCAAAUGCAACUUGUGCAACAGGGUGCUGGAGGACCCCCUGACCACCCCCUGCGGGCAUGUCUUCUGCGCAGGCUGUGUUCUGCCUUGGGUGGUGCAACAGGGCAGCUGCCCAGUGAAAUGCCAACGGAUCUCUGCCAAGGAGCUCAACCACGUGCUACCCCUGAAAAGCCUGAUCCUCAAGUUGGAUAUCAAGUGUGACAACUACUCCAGGGGCUGCGACAAGGUGGUGAAGCUGCAGAGCCUGGCAGAGCAUGCGGAGAUGUGCGACUUCUCCCCGGCCAAGUGUAGGAACAAGGGCUGCAACGAGGUGCUCAACCUGCGGGACAUGGAUGCUCAUAUGCGAGAACGCUGCGAUUAUAGGGCAGCUGGGAUCUGCCAGAAGGGCUGCGGGCUUAUGAUCACCCACCAGGAGCACAGGCUGGGGGAGCACUGCUGCCUGAAAGCACUCAAGGGGCUCAACAACGUCCUGCAGAGCAAAAUCUCUGGGCUGGAGACCGAGCUCAAGAAGAGGGCACUGAGGUCCAGCAAGAGGGAAAAGUCACUACUGUCGCAACUGUCUGCAGUGCAGAACGAGCUGCAGAUGACAGCGCUUCGCUACCAGAAGAAGUUCACCGAGUACAGUACCCGGCUGGACUCCCUGACCAAAGCUGUGGCUUCCCCAGGCAAGGGUGAAGAAUCGAAAGCCAUGACUCUUGUUCUCCACCGGGAAUCUGGAUCCCUGGGAUUUAAUAUUAUUGGUGGCCGUUCCUGCGUGGAUAAUCAAGAUGGACCAUCCAGCGAAGGGAUAUAUGUUUCUAAAAUAGUUGAUAGUGGCCCGGCGGCUAAGGAAGGGGGACUUCAGAUCCAUGAUAGGAUUAUCGAGGUUAACGGGAAAGACCUGUCCAGAGCCACACAUGACCAGGCAGUAGAAGCAUUUAAAACGGCAAAAGAACCCAUUGUAGUGCAGGUCCUGAGACGAACUCCUCGCACCAAGGUGUUCAGCCCUCCAGCCGAUGUGCAGCUCCUGGAUAUGGGAACGCAGACAGAAAUAACCUUUGAGCACAUAGCAGCACUGACCAAGAUUGGCUCUCCUUCCCCAUCAGUGGCCGGAUUGGACCCAUAUCUUUUAACAGAGGAGCAUUCUCCAGCACAUGACUAUUUUGACCCCAACGAUUUCAUGGGAGGCCUGCACCCCGAAAUGGAUAGAGAUGAACUCGAACUGGAGGAAAUAGACCUUUACAGAAUGAAUAGCCAGGACAAGCUGGGCCUUACUGUGUGCUACCGGACGGAUGAUGAGGAUGAUACUGGAAUUUACGUUAGUGAGAUUGAUCCCAACAGUAUUGCGGCCAAGGACGGGCGAAUUCGAGAGGGAGAUCGGAUAAUACAGAUUAAUGGCAUCGAUGUGAAUAACCAUGAAGAAGCCGUAGCCCUCCUGACCAGCGAAGACACCAAAAAUGUUUUCCUGUUGGUGGCCCGGCCGGAAUUGCAGCUGGAUGAAGGAUGGAUGGACGAUGACAGAAAUGAUUUUCUCGAUGAUUUACACAUGGAUAUGUUAGAGGAACAGCAUCACCAGGCAAUGCAAUUUACUGCCAGCAUGCUUCAGCAGAAAAAACUUGAGGAAGAUGGAGGAACAACUGAUACCGCAACGCUACUAUCUAAUCAUCUUGAGAAGGACAGUGGAGUUGGCCGCACUGACGAGAGCACUCGGAAUGAUGAAAGUUCAGAGCAGGAGAAUCUUGCCGACGACCAUACGACUUCUUCUAACACUCUGGGAAGCCAUAAGAAGCUCAUGUACAGCCAGGAUACCCUGGGCAGUGGCGACAUGCAGUUCAGCAACGAGUCUUUCAUAUCGGCCGACUGCACUGAUGCUGAUUUUCUGGGCAUCCCUAUGGAUGAGUGCGAGAGGUUCCGUGAGCUUUUAGAACUGAAAUGCCAAGUGCAGAGCUCCAACCAGCGCAGCCGCUAUUACCAGAACAGUACAAUGGAGACCAACAGGAGCGACCAAGAAAGCGUGGACCGGGAGUUAGAGAUGCUGAAUGAAGAGCUGCACAGCAUUGAGCUCGAAUGUUUGAACAUUGUCCGUGCCCACAAAAUGCAGCAGCUUAAAGACCAAUACAGAGAGAGUUGGAUGUUGCACAACAGCGGUUUCCGCAAUUACAACACAAGCAUCGACUUGCGCCGACACGAGCUGUCGGACAUCACAGAACUGCCAGAGAAGUCGGACAAGGAUAGCUCAAGUGCCUAUAACACUGGGGAAAGCUGCCGGAGCACCCCAUUAACUUUAGAAAUAUCCCCUGACAACUCGUUGCGUAGGGUGGCAGAUGUCAUCAACUGCCCAAACGCUGAAGGUGCAGCUGGCAGUGCCCCGUGCAGUGCUCCCCAGAAGAACCUGCAAACCCACGGAGACAGUCGCGAAUCCAGUCCUGCCAGGUACCAUCUCCCUCUCAAGGAUACAGAUCCCAGCAAACAAGCGGAGAACAAGGAAAGAAAGACCAGCGACGCUGGUAAAAGUCAAACUUCUCAGGACAAGCUGUCUGGCAGUUAUGCCCCACCAUAUCGCCACUCUCCAUACAAGCACGCUCACAUACCCGCCCAUGCCCAGCACUAUCAGAGUUACAUGCAGCUCAUCCAGCAAAAAUCCGCCGUGGAAUAUGCACAGAGUCAGAUGAGUUUGGUCAGUAUGUGCAAGGACCUCUCCAACUCAAUAGAACCCCGGAUGGAAUGGAAGGUGAAGGUGCGCAGCGAUGGCACUCGAUACAUCACCAAGCGCCCAGUCAGGGAUAAACUGUUAAAAGAACGUGCCAUAAAGAUAAAGGAAGAGAGGAGCGGAAUGACCACGGACGACGACGCCAUCAGCGAAAUGAAAAUGGGACGUUACUGGAGCAAGGAGGAACGGAAACAGCAUGUCCGCCGAGCCAACGAGCAGAAGAGGAGACGGGAAUACAUGAUGCAGAGCAGGUUGGAUUGUUUGAAGGAAAAGCAAAGCACGGAAGACAACAAAGAGGUCAGCAUUAUUGACCUCAGCCACAAAAAGAUGAUGAAGAAGAGAAACAAAAAGAUUUUCGACAACUGGAUGACAAUCCAAGAACUCUUGACUCACGGCACCAAGUCGCCCGAAGGGACUCGAGUCUACAACUCCCUCCUGUCAGUGACGACAGUAUAACUUCACAGAUCGGAUAUUUCUGUAAAUAGCAAAACUACCGCUGAGGUAGAAUUCCCCGCCUCGUUCAAUGUGGCAAGGUUUUUUGUUUUUUCUUUUUUUGUAAAUAUAAGGUAAUUACCAUCACUGUGUUAAUAGUUUGUCUUUUAUAAAAUGUUUAUCAUUCUACAUCUAAUGGGUGCCAAAACGCUCUACUUACCCUCGGCGCUACCGGGCGGGGAAGAGACUUAUUGCCGUGCAACACGUUGGGGUGCAGUGGAGACUUAUUCAGUGCUGUCUGUAGGGGCGGGAAGGCAGUAGUAA